GUUGGAUUGACGUGAGGAGGGGCGUCUACAGAGGUGUCCCGGGCCUGGAGGAGAGCCGGGGCUGAUGGGGAUCUGCGCACCGGGAGACUUGGCCCUUUGGUGGAAUUGGGGCCUCUUUUCCUUUCUUUUUCAUCUUUUAAUUAUCAAAGUUUCAGCCUAACUUCUUGCUCAAAGACCACCUGAUCCAGCCUGAUGAUGGCCCCACUGGUUGCUGUGGUAUCCAGUCCCCGUGCCCGGCUCCUUACCUGCUUCCUCAGGCUGGGUGCUCAGCAGGCUGGACCCCUCCAGCUACACACCAGGACCAGUUGCACAGCCAAGAACCACUAUGAGGUUCUGGUGCUGGGUGGGGGCACUGGGGGGAUCACCAUGGCCACCCGAAUGAAGAGGAAAGUUGGAGCAGAAAAUGUGGCCAUUGUUGAACCCAGUGAGCGACACUUCUACCAGCCAAUUUGGACGUUAGUGGGUGCUGGUGCCAAGCAGUUAUCCUCAUCGGGCCGUCCCACAGCGAGUGUGAUGCCAUCUGGUGUGGAGUGGAUUCAGGAUAAGGUGGCUGAGCUGAACCCAGACAAGAGCUGCAUUCGCACGGACAGUGGCAAGGAGAUUUCAUAUAAAUAUCUUAUUAUCGCUCUCGGAAUCCAGCUGGAUUAUGAGAAGAUUAAAGGACUACCUGAAGGUUUUGCACAUCCCAAAAUAGGGUCCAAUUAUUCAGUUAAGACCGUAGAGAAGACGUGGAAAGCCCUUCAGGACUUCAAGGAGGGAAAUGCCAUUUUUACCUUCCCAAACACUCCAGUGAAGUGUGCUGGAGCUCCCCAGAAGAUCAUGUAUCUAUCAGAAGCCUAUUUCAGGAAGACUGGAAAGCGAUCCAAGGCUAAUAUCAUUUUCAACACGUCUCUUGGAGCAAUUUUUGGGGUUAAGAAGUAUGCAGAUGCCUUGCAGGAGAUCAUCCGAGAAAGGAACCUCACUGUUAACUACAAGCAAAACCUUAUCGAAGUCCGAGCUGAUAAACAAGAGGCUGUUUUUGAGAACCUGGACAAGCCUGGGGAGACCCAAGUGUUUUCAUAUGAAAUGCUUCAUGUCACACCACCCAUGAGCUCACCAGAUGUCCUCAAGACAAGUCCUGUGGCUGACUCUGCUGGCUGGGUGGACGUGGAUAAAGAAACUCUGCAGCACAAGAAAUACCCGAAUGUAUUUGGCAUCGGGGACUGCACCAACCUUCCCACUUCAAAGACUGCUGCUGCAGUAGCUGCCCAGUCAGCAAUACUUGAUAGAACAAUUUCUCUGAUUAUGAAGAAUCAAACGCCCGUGAAGAAGUAUGAUGGCUACACUUCUUGUCCACUGGUGACUGGCUAUAACCGUGUGAUUCUUGCGGAAUUUGACUACAGAGCUCAGCCCCUGGAGACUUUCCCCUUUGAUCAGAGUAAAGAACGACUUUCAAUGUAUCUUAUGAAAGCCGACAUGAUGCCUUUCCUAUACUGGAAUAUAAUGUUAAGAGGCUACUGGGGAGGUCCAGCCUUUCUGCGGAAGCUGUUUCAUCUGGGCAUGAGUUAAGAAGGGUGCAGUGCUUGUUCUCCUCAGGUGGUUUCCGGACCAAAAUCGCAGUUACUGAUUGAAGGACUGAGAACCUCACCGCGAAAGGAGUUUCUUAUUGGAUAUGGUGACAUUUCAGUACCUCUGAAUAGCCACCAUAUGGAUAGCCCAGAAUGGGCUUGAUUCUUUGGAAAUAUUCACAUGAAAUUAUAGACUUUUAUUUUCUAAAUAAAAUUUUAUCAUUGAUUAA